AUGGAGCUGGUGGAUGAAUUCUGCAGCUUGCUGCAAACGCAUUCUAACCGGGAUAAGGUGGUGUACCUAGCAUGCUACUCGCUCAAGUUCUGGGGCGCGUCGGGCAGGCGGCCGGCUCUGACCACCGCGAGCGCGCGGCUGGCGACUGCGCGCGCCGCCAUGAGGCUGUUCGACGACGCCGCGGUCAUCAAGACGCUCCAGGCUUACGGGCUCGGCAAACAGGACGGGCCACUGUGGGGCCCAUUAGGCACAUCGCACAGCAUCUUCACGCUGGCAUACCUGCAGGCGGAGAAGCUGAUGUUUCUGCUGGACACAGGCGUGCUGGUGUUGGACGCACAGAACGCACACAAGAUCAGGACAGCGCAUAAGCUGUUCUGGUCUUUGUAUACUUUCGUCGGGUUUCUCAGAUCACUCCGAACGCUCCACAUAGCAGCCAACAACUUGCAAGCCCCGGCCCGCACCAAGUGUGCCCCCGCGAGGUUCAGGCAGGCAACCCUGACCAGCACCAAGCUGCUCCUGGAUGUGGUCCACGUGGUGAGCUGGCUGCCGCGCGGCUGGCUGUGGGGCAGCGCCCUGCAGACGUCUCACGCUGCGGGCAUCGCCACUCUGUCGGGCGUGCUCGGACUUGUGAUACAUUACCGCGGGAAGAAGCUUCUGCCGCGGUAACGGAAC